AUGGAUUCCGCCAUUCCGCUCCGCUCACCACACCCACUUCCGUCACCUUCCUUUCUCUCGCCUCUCUCCCCUUCCUCUACCCCAUUCCCGUUCCUUGGCCACUCUCAGGCCGCAACGCCCGGCCAGCCCUUUCUAGCAACGGCGGGCCUGCACGAACCCACCCCCCUUGAUGGCGCAACGCCCGGCCAGCGCAUUCUCGCAACGGCGGGCCUCCUCGGCCCCAUGGGUGUCUCCCCCGUUCCCCCCGGCGCAGCUCCUGGCGCAGGGGGAGCCCCCGGCGCGCCUGCUUCCGCGCAGCAACAGCAGCCCGCGGACGUGCAGGCGCAGGUGGCGCUGCUGGCGGGCCAAUUAGACGACGCCACGUUGCUGCGCCUGCUGCAGCAGCGCGCAGCGCAAGGCUCGCUGCUGACGAGCGUGGCGGCGGGAUUCGGACUUAGCGGCGCAGGCGGCGGAGCCCCCCCCGGCGGAGCUCCCGCGGGGGGACUUGGCGGAGGCCCGACGGGGCCUGGCGGACCUGGCGCUCCCGCGGGGGCGCCAGGCGCGCAAGGAGUGGCUCCCCCUGGUCCGGGGGGCCCUGCGCCGGGGGGACCGGGGGGAGUGCCCCCCGGACAGGGGGGGCAGAUGUUGGGUCCGCAAGGGGGAGUGGGGCCGGCGGGAGGGGGAGCGGGAGUGGGGCCCGGAAUGGGUCUGAAGGUGCCUCAGUUCCGGCAGCAACCACAUGCUCAGGACACCCCGCCAGCCCCGGCAUUCAACGGGCUCGUAUCAAAUCCGCCGCCCAUGCAAGGCCAGCAGCACCCCAACUCCGUGCCACCGCAACGUGCGGGUCCCCUGCAGCCGCAGCAACCGCCCCCCAUGUCCCACCACGCGCCUUCCCCUCAUCCGCAGCAGCACCAGCAGUCGCAUCAGCAUCAGCAGCCCCCCUUGCAAUCCUCCUCCUCCUCUUUCCACCAAGGGAUGUCACAGCCGCCCAGCUCUCUACCCCAGCCGCACACUCAGAUGCAGACAAAUCCGGCCGCCGGCGCCGCCCCUCCCUCUCUCAUGCCGUCCCAGUCGAGUGCUGGCGCGGGGGGAUUGCGCCGAGAGCGCAUAGCGGAGCGCAUGAGGGCGCUGCAGGACCUGGUGCCCCCCAACUCCACUGUUUCCCUCUUAUACACGCUCCUUCUGCGCCGAGAGCGCAUAGCGGAGCGCAUGAGGGCGCUGCAGGACCUGGUGCCCAACUCGAAUCGGGUGGACAAGGCGUCAAUGCUGGAUGACAUAAUCGACUAUGUCAAGUUCCUGCAACUGCAGGUCAAGGUGCUCAAUUUGAACCGCCUGGCAGGCCCUGCAGCAGACGCCGUGGUCACUCUGCUUGCUGAUUUGAACCCCGAGUGUCCCACUCCUCUGCCCCUUCCUUGGGUUCUGCUUUCCCCAUCCUUCUGCUCCCUUGCUUGCUCCUGCUCCUUCUCCCCCCGUGCUCCUGCUGCUCCCUUGUUUGCUUCUUCAUCUAAUUCUCCUUUGCUCCUGCUCGUGAUUCUUCCUUUUGCUGCUGCUGCCCCGGUGCUCGUUGCUGCAGGAAAUCGACGAUGGUCUCUCAUCCUUCUCCCAGCAGGAGCUUACUCUUAUGGAACGACAGGUGGGUUGGCUGAAAGGAUAGGUGGCAUUAUUAAUGGAGCAGGACAUGGGGGCAGCGAUGCAGUACCUGCAGAGCAAGGGGCUGGGAGGGAGGAGGAGGAGGUGGGGGGGGAGGAGGAGGGGAGGGAGGAGGGGGAGGAGGAGGGGGAGGAGGAGGGGGCGGUGGCGGAGGAGGAGAGUGGGGAGGAGGAGGGGGAGAUGGUGGGGAAGGCGACAUGGAUUCAGGCUGCUCCUGCCAUGAGUCCUGGUGCUGCUGGUGGGUCCACUGGUGCAGGAACAGGAGGCAUGGGAGUGGCUACAUUGCCUGCAGCUGGUGAUUCACCUUCUAGGGGAGUUGGUGGGGGUCAAACUGGGUCGCCUGUGCCAGCACCAGCAGGAGUGGUUGUGGCAGGAGGAGGAGGAGGGGCAGCAGCAGCAGCAGCAGCAGUGUCAGCAGGAGCAGGUGCCUCUGCCUCCCCUACCUUAGCAGCAAGAGCAGCGGCGGCGGCAGCACCAGGAGGAGACGGGGGAGUGAGAUCCCCAUGUGUGAAAAUGGAAGAGGUGGAGGAGCGUGGGGCAGAACGUGCUGCAGGUGGUGGGGUAGCAGCAGGAGGAAUAGGGGUGACGGCAGCAGGUAGCAGUGUUAGUGCGGGAGGGGGGGGAGGAGAGAGUGAGACUGACAAGAAUGUUGGGGCAGCAACAGGAGUGCUGAACGCCGGUGCUAUGGAGGUUUCUGGGCAGAGCAGUGCAGUGGUGGCAGCUGCUACUGGUGUUGCUGCCGGGGGUGUGUCUGCUGUUGCUGUGAAUGCUGGCGUAUCUGCUAUGGAGGGAAUCACUACGGCGUCGUGA